AUGGCGGCACCGCCGCCGUUCCCGGCGCCCCCGCCGCCGCAGCCCAGCGGAGGCAUCGUCGGCCCGUUGCCGGUGGUGGCGCCGCACUUCUGCGCGCCGUACGUGGUGCAGCUGAACGUGCAGGAGCAGUUCGGCCUCCGGGAGGGCGACUUCCUCAUCACCGACACCAACGGCGCCGUCGUGAUCACGGUCAAGGGCGCCUUCAUCAGCAUCCACAACCGCCGCGUCCUCUUCGACGCCUACGGCAAUCCCCUCCUCUGCAUGAAGGAGAAGGUAAUUAGUAUGCACAACAGAUGGGAAGUGUACAGAGGGGACAGCACCAAAUCAAGUGAUCUGCUCUUCACCGUCAAGAAAUCUUCGAUCAUCCAACCCUUCAAAACGGAGAUGUACAUCUACUUGGCUUCGAACACCUCGCAUGAGGUCUGCGAUUUCAAGAUGAACGGUAGCUUCAACGAGAGAGCUUGUUCUUUCUACCUUGGUAACACCAACACCUUGAUUGCUCAAAUGCACCGUCAGCAUACUGCCACAAGCGUGGUGUUGGGAACAGACCACUACAGUCUCACCGUGUUUCCGAAUGUGGACCACGUGUUCAUCUCAGCUCUUGUUGUGAUUCUACAGGAGCUUCACACGGAUAAAAAUGAUUGAUGAGCACAGGGAUAAUCCAAGCUUCCGUGCAUCGAUCGAGUUGCGUGGGCGUGUCAUAUAUAUGAUGAUAUUAUUGUUUCUCUUUUUUAUUAGUGUAAUUUGA